UUAGAGCCGAGGCAUUUUACUUUCACGGCCUUUUCCUUGUGGACCAACUGUCAGAAACUUCUUAAAACCAGCUCAGGCGAAGGCCAGUUGACGUGCCUUAACGGUUUUAAAGCCCUCAGCAUGAUGUGGGUGAUAUUUGGGCACGUGUUUGAAAAUUACUCCUCCUACAUGUUGGAAAACAUAAAAGACCUAGCUGAGUUCGUGACUGAGGCGAGGAAUUCGUACAUAUUCGCAGCCCCUUUAGCUGUGGACACGUUCUUCGCCAUUGGUGGGAUGUUGACCGUGUACUCCUUCUUCAAGGCCCACGAGAAGGGGGUCAAGUUCAACUUGGGGUUGUUUUAUGUCCACAGAUAUUUGAGGUUGACACCAGCGUUAAUGGCGAUGAUUCUCUAUCAGGCUACUUUGGUGAGGUACGCAGCUAACCGACCUGACACCAAUAUUGAGACACUAUCCGACCCCUGCAGAGAAUAUUGGUGGUCCACCAUCCUGUACAUCCAAAACUACGUUGAACCUAGCCAAUCAUGUGUGGGACAAUCGUGGUAUUUAAUGGUGGACAUGCAGCUGUUCAUUUUAACACCUCUGGUGCUGUUACCCUUCGUUAAGUGGCCCAGACGUACCCUUUACGCCUUGGGGUGUCUAGUAAUCGUUGGUUGCAUUGUGCCCUUUAUCAUCACCUACGAGUUAACCUUAAACUUGUUCGUUGGAUACACUGACCCGAGGGGCUACUUCAUGCGUUACUACUACAUCCAGACCUACGCCAGGUUUGGGCCUUACGUCGUGGGAAUGAUCUUCGGCUACUUCAUUUACUUGUACAAGUCCAAGCCGGAGCUAAUGGAUCAAAUCCCAAGGAAAAACUUGGUGAUUUUCGGUCUUUGGCUGUUUGCCUUCGCCGGGCUGGCGGCCUCAUCUUACGGCGGAGCACCGAUUUUGACCGGCGAAGAAGGAGGAAGACUGGCAACUUCAAUUUACAACGCCCUUUUCAGGAACGGCUGGGCGAUUUGCUGCUGCAUCGUUAUCGCCUUGUGCAGUCUCGGUUUUGGAGGGCCCAUCAAUGGAUUCCUUUCAAUGCCAAUCUUCCAGUUUCUCUCCAAGAUUUCUUACGCCAUGUACAUGGUGCACAUAACAUUAAUUAAUGUUAGAAUAAUGAACACCAGAAUACUUAUGCACUUUUCAAUGUUUGAUGUUAUGUACGUCUUCAUUGGUGAUUUGAUUGUUUGUGUUCUUAUUGCCUUCUUCUUCUGCGCCAUAUUUGAAUCCCCAAUCAUUAUUUUGGAGAAAUUUCUUUUGGGUGGAUUUAGAAAGACGAAGCCAACAAUAAUAAAUUCAAAACAAUAGUUAUAAAUAUUUGUAUUCAAAUUGUUAAAAAUACAUUUUAAAUAAGUGUGAUUUUUUCAACAAUUUUUGGGCGAUACAAAUGUAUAAAUGUAAAUGUAUAAAUUAUACAUAGUCAAUCAGUAAUGUUAUUAUUACUUAUAUUUAAACUUAAUUAAAAUAUGAUUGCAUACUUUGAAAACAUGUUAAGUAGUCUUCAGAGUUGAAUAAAUAAAGAAAUUUAUUUUUUUA